ACACGACAAGACCAUAACCUGGCGGGAUUUCGGCCGGUGCAAUCCCCGAAUUGUUGUUGCUCGUCGGUUUAUAAUUUCAACAGUGAUAAACAUUCGUUAAGAGAAGAGGAAUAAAACACUCGUCAAGAUGACGAUUGGAAAAAACAACAAAAUGCUCCAGCACAUAAACUACCGCGUGAGGAUAAUUCUGCAGGACAGCAGGACCUUCAUCGGUACAUUCAAGGCCUUCGACAAGCACAUGAACCUGAUCCUCGGGGACUGCGAAGAGUUCUGCAAAGUCAAGCCCAAGAACACAAAACAGCCGGAGAAGGAGAAGAAGAGAGUCCUGGGUUUUGUCCUGCUGAGGGGUGAGAACAUUGUCUCGUUGACUGUGGAGGGGCCACCACCACCGGAGGAGGGCCUCCCACGGGUUCCAAUUCCCGGAGCAGCCCCAGGACCUGGGAUGGGUCGUGCAGCUGGCAGGGGCAUGCCAGCCAACGUCGCUGGAGUGCCUGCGGGACUCCAGGGGCCAGUCAGGGGCGUUGGAGGACCCUCCCAGCAGAUUAUGACACCUGCUGGAAGGGGACAGGUGUCUGCACCACCUCAGAUGCACCCUGGAGCUCCUCCAAGAAUGCCUGUCAGUGGACCACCACCUGGAAUGAUGGGACCACCUCCUGGAAUGAUGGGAAUGCCACCGGGAAUGCCACCAAUGGGACGUGGGGGGCCUCCAAUGGGACCCCCUGGCAUGAGAGGACCCCCUCCAGGAAUGAUGCGUGGAGGACCACCACCUCGUCCAUACUAAUCAGCGUAAAGCCUCAUUCCUAAUAACAUAAUAGACGAUUAAAUGAGUAAAAAGAAAAACAAGAAAUUUUCUCACAUUGAUAAUAACGAGAUACACGAUAAGAAAUAAAAAAUACUGAGUUUGCAGUAAGUGGAGGUCUCCUCUUAUUUAUUGGAAUACUCUCACGUAUUUAUCAUUCUUUAAAUAAAUAAUUGCCUUAGUCAUUAUUCGGAGGAAUCAAUUUUUAGACGUUUUUUUCAAUUUAUGGGAAUUUUGUCUCCUUUUAUUGAUCAAUUUUGUGUUUUGAUUAAGUAUUUAGUUCGUGUACCAAAUCAUGAAUUAAUUCAUCAAUAAAUUGUCAAUCAAUUCAUUAA